UUAGGUUGUUAGAAAGUUAAUGGCUGGGGGAAAGAGAACCUCCUCAACCCUCGCUUCGGGAGAGUUUCUGGAUUCCCUGAAGUAAAAUCAAGCAAAUAUCUUCCAAGAAAGCGCCUCGACGGACGUUUAAGUUAACUAAUAGCCCGUUAACACGCGUAUUGUGAACAGAAGUAUGCAGGAUGCAGUAGCCGGGACGGCAAUGCUGACGGACGGCUUCGAGGACGAGAUUGACUCGGUGACUCCUCGCUCCCCAGUGGCAGGGAUGGGGGUAGGAGCGACACCAGGAGGAGUCGGACUUGGAGGCAUUGGGAUUGGUGUUGGUGGGAAGAAAGUGCGUUUGUACGGCGAGCCCGGUGGACCUGCCGCAGAAAGACUGGAUUUCAAACUAGCGGCCGCGGCCGUCCUCUCCUCCUCGGGUCCGGGAUCCGGCAGCGACGAAGACGAGGUUUCCGAGGUGGAGUCAUUCAUUUUGGACCAGGAGGACCUGGAUAACCCCAUUAUGAAGACAGCCUCAGAGCUGCUUUUGUCCAGCGCCACAGACGGAGUCGAUUUGAGGACUGUAGAUCCAGAGACGCAAGCUCGACUCGAAGCUUUACUGGAAGCUGCAGGCAUCGGUAAACUGUCCACUGCCGAUGGUAAAGCUUUUGCAGACCCCGAGGUGCUACGGCGACUAACAUCGUCCGUGAGCUGUGCGCUGGACGAGGCAGCCGCUGCCCUGACCCGAAUGAGAGCUGAAAACACACUCAACGCCGGCCAAGCCGACAAUCUGGUUAUUUUCAGCCGUAGUUUAGCAGAAGCGUGUUCUGAUGGGGACGUUAACGCUGUGCGCAAGUUGUUGGACGAGGGACGAAGCGUCAAUGAGCACACGGAAGAGGGGGAGAGCCUCCUGUGCCUCGCCUGCUCGGCUGGCUACUAUGAACUCGCGCAGGUCUUAUUGGCAAUGCACGCCAACGUAGAGGACCGGGGCAUCAAGGGGGACAUAACACCUUUAAUGGCUGCUGCCAGUGGAGGUUACGUGGACAUCGUCAAACUGCUUUUGGUCCACGGGGCAGAUGUGAACGCUCAGUCCUCCACAGGCAACACAGCUUUGACGUACGCGUGCGCCGGUGGCUUCGUGGAUGUGGUGAAGGUGCUGCUGAAAGAGGGUGCGAACAUCGAGGACCACAACGAGAACGGACACACACCUCUCAUGGAGGCAGCCAGCGCGGGCCACGUGGAGGUGGCCAGGAUACUUCUGGAGUAUGGCGCCGGCAUCAACACACACUCCAACGAGUUCAAGGAGAGCGCUCUCACACUCGCCUGCUACAAAGGUCAUCUGGAUAUGGUUCGCUUUCUUUUGGAGGCUGGAGCAGACCAGGAGCAUAAAACAGACGAGAUGCACACGGCGCUCAUGGAGGCUUGCAUGUCCCAGGAUGGCCAUGUGGAGGUGGCGCGGCUGCUGUUGGACAGCGGUGCGCAGGUCAACAUGCCAGCUGACUCCUUCGAGUCACCUCUCACCCUCGCGGCCUGUGGAGGACACGUGGAGCUCGCAGCGCUGCUCAUAGAACGAGGCGCCAAUCUGGAGGAGGUUAAUGAUGAGGGCUACACUCCCCUGAUGGAGGCAGCAAGAGAAGGCCAUGAGGAGAUGGUAGCACUGCUGCUGGCUCAAGGUGCUAACAUCAAUGCCCAGACGGAGGAGACCCAGGAGACGGCGCUGACUCUAGCCUGCUGUGGAGGCUUUCUGGAAGUAGCCGACUUCCUUAUCAAAGCAGGAGCCGACAUUGAGCUGGGCUGCUCCACUCCUCUAAUGGAGGCUGCACAGGAGGGCCAUCUGGAGCUGGUGAAAUACCUACUGGCUGCCGGAGCGAACGUUCACGCCACCACAGCAACAGGAGACACGGCAUUGACGUAUGCGUGUGAGAAUGGACACACUGAUGUGGCAGAUGUGUUGCUUCAGGCUGGAGCCAAUUUGGAACACGAGUCUGAAGGAGGGCGGACACCUCUGAUGAAGGCAGCAAGGGCAGGACAUCUGUGCACAGUGCAGUUUCUUAUCAGCAAAGGUGCUAAUGUGAACAGAGCUACUGCCAACAACGAUCACACCGUGGUGUCCCUGGCCUGUGCUGGGGGGCAUCUGGCUGUGGUGGAGUUGCUGCUGGCGCACGGUGCCGAUCCCACACACAGGCUCAAAGAUGGCUCAACCAUGUUGAUAGAAGCUGCUAAAGGUGGCCACACUAACGUGGUGUCCUACCUGUUGGACUACCCCAACAACAUUCUGUCUGUCCCAGCCCCGGAUCUCUCCCAACUCACGCCCCCAUCACAAGAUGCUUCUCAGGUUCCUCGUGUCCCAUUCCAAGCUCUCGCUAUGGUCGUGCCCCCUCAAGAACCCGACAGAGCCCCAUCAAGCAUUGCUACGCCCCCACCCGUCUCAAGCAAAGCGGUGUCCAAACAGAGACAAGCAGCCCUUCAGCCCGGUGUCCCCAGUGCAGUCAGUCGUGGUCCUGAAGCAGAAGCUUUGCCGCCUUUCCACUUGUGUCCACCGUUGGAAUGCAUAGUGGAGGAAACGGAGGGAAAGCUGAACGAACUGGGCCAGAGAAUAAGCGCCAUCGAGAAAGCUCAGCUCCAGUCGCUGGAGCUCAUUCAGGGCGAGCCGCUCACCAAAGACAAGAUUGAGGAGCUGAAGAAAAGCAGAGAAGAACAGGUGCAGAAGAAGAAGAAAAUCUUGAAGGAGCUUCAGAAGGUGGAGCGCCAGCUGCAGCUAAAAACACAGCAACAGUUCACCAAAGAGUACAUGGAGGCAAAGGGCUUAAAAGAAGAUCAGGAGGCAGGACAGAAUCAGGGUCCGGGCCCAGGGCCCGGGGGUAUGGCUACUGCUCCGGGGCCCCUUCCUACCCCAACAGGUGGUCAGCUACCGAUUGGCUCAGACACCGACGAGGAGGCCAACAAAGAGAGGGAACAGGAGCAGCUGCCAGGGGAGGAGGGGGAAGAGGAUGAGGAGGACGAUGAUGACGAUGAGGGCUCGGAGGACGACGCAGAUGGAGAAGAGGACGACUACCCUAAACUCCCUCAGGUUGGCACAAUCCUGUACAGGGAUGGGCCUCAGCUGCCACAGCAGCCGCCUCUUCCUCCCUCGCCCCAGACCCAACCCCAGCCGCCGCCUCCGCCCCUCCAGGCCGCCUUCGUCCCCAUCCAGCCGCUGCCAGACUACAACCCCGCCGACUACCCAGGAAGCACGAGCCCAGAGCUGCAGAGGGUGCUGGUGGGGCAGCAGAUGUUGGGCCAGCAGAUGCUGGGGCAGCAACCUCAAAGUCAGGGUCAACAGCUGGCCGGUUUGGGACCAGGAAUGAUACCUCAACCAGCCCCAGACGGGCUCAUGGUGGCUACACCUGCACAGACGCUCACAGACACACUGGAUGACAUCAUGGCAGCUGUGAGCAGCCGCGUGCCCAUGCUAACCACUACAACGUCACCCACGCCCCUGUCCCAGCCGCCCACGCAGACGAACCCAAACAUCGCCUCUCCCCCUUCCGUCUUGCCCCUCUACCCUUCGGUUGACAUUGACGCACACACGGAGAGCAACCAUGAUACAGCGUUGACGCUGGCGUGUGCAGGAGGACAUGAGGAGCUUGUGUCAGUCCUGAUUGCACGGCAAGCCAACAUUGAGCACCGAGAUAAAAAAGGGUUUACUCCUUUGAUUCUGGCUGCCACUGCUGGCCAUGUCGGAGUGGUCGAGGUACUCCUGGACAAAGGUGGAGACAUUGAGGCUCAGUCAGAGAGAACCAAAGACACACCCCUCUCCUUGGCAUGUUCAGGAGGCCGACAGGAGGUUGUGGAGUUGCUGCUGCUGCGGGGAGCCAACAAGGAACACCGCAACGUUUCCGACUACACACCUCUUAGCUUGGCUGCUUCAGGGGGUUACGUCAACAUCAUCAAGAUUCUCCUCAACGCUGGCGCUGAGAUCAACUCCAGGACUGGCAGUAAGCUGGGGAUCUCUCCUUUGAUGCUGGCAGCGAUGAACGGCCACGUUCCGGCAGUGAAGCUCUUGUUGGAUAUGGGCUCGGACAUCAACGCCCAGAUCGAGACCAACAGAAACACCGCUCUGACCUUGGCCUGCUUCCAGGGGCGAGCAGAGGUCGUCAGUCUGCUGCUAGAUCGCAAGGCCAACGUAGAGCACCGCGCUAAGACUGGUCUCACUCCAUUGAUGGAGGCAGCCUCUGGGGGUUAUGCCGAGGUGGGCCGAGUUCUACUGGAUAAAGGUGCUGAUGUCAACGCUCCUCCCGUUCCUUCCUCCCGAGACACCGCCCUCACCAUUGCUGCCGACAAGGGCCACUACAAAUUCUGUGAGCUGCUCAUUAACAGGGGGGCUCAUAUUGACGUGCGAAACAAGAAAGGGAACACUCCCCUUUGGCUGGCAGCGAACGGUGGUCACUUUGAUGUGGUUCAGCUCCUUGUGCAUGCAAGUGCCGACGUGGAUGCUGCAGACAACCGUAAAAUCACACCACUCAUGGCUGCUUUUCGCAAGGGUCAUGUGAAGGUGGUGCAAUAUCUUGUGAAGGAAGUCAACCAGUUUCCAUCAGACAUCGAGUGCAUGAGAUACAUUGCCACCAUCGCUGACAAGGAGCUGUUGAAGAAGUGUCACCAGUGCAUGGAGACCAUUGUCAAAGCAAAAGACCAGCAGGCAGCAGAGGCCAACAAGAAUGCUAGCAUCCUCCUAAAGGAGUUGGACUUGGAGAAGUCUCGGGAGGAGAGCAAGAAGCAGGCGCUUGCUGCCAAGAGGGAGAAGAGGAAGGAGAAGCGCAAGAAGAAGAAGGAGGAGCAAAAGAGGAAGCAGGAGGAAGAGGAAGGGCAGAAAACCAAGGAGGAGUCCUCUGAGAUGCAGGAGCAGAAAGAGGAUUCAGCCGAAGAAAAAGAGGUUCCCAUUGAGCCUCCGAGUGCGACCACCACCACCACCAUCGGUAUAUCUGCCACCUCCACCACUUUCACUACAGCGUUCGGUAAGAAGCGAGCAAGUGUGGCCACUACCCCAAACACCAAUCGGAAGAACAAAAAGAACAAGACCAAGGAUUCAGCACCUAAUGAACCAAUCAUAUUGCAAGAUCCACAGGUUGCACUUGCACAGCACAAGGCUGACAAGAACAAGAUCCACGGUGAGCCACGGGGUGGGGGCGGGGGAGUGACUGGUGGCAACAGCGAUUCAGACCCCCUGGACAGCACCGACUGCGCCAGUGAGAGCAGCAGCAGUGGGGGGAAGAGUCAGGAGCUCAACUACCUCCCUGACCUCACCUCAUCCGCGUCCUCCUCCUCCUCUUCUUCCUCCUCUUCUUCCUCCUCCUCAGUCCCCUCCUCAGGAGCAACCCAAUCCCAGACUCUCAUGCCCGGCCCAGAGAAGAGACAUUGUCCUCAGCCACCAACAGAUCCCAAAGUGGACAAUAAGGUCACAGUCUCUAUCUCAAAGCCAAUGCAAAAAGCUCCAGAUACAAGCGACUCCUCCUCCAACUCCCUGCCUUCCCCGUUCAAGACCAUGGCUCUUCCGGUGACCUCCCCCAACAGUAAACUCAGCCUCACGAGUCCGAAGAGAGGCCAGAAAAGAGAAGAAGGCUGGAAAGAGGUGGUCAGAAGAUCAAAGAAGCUCUCUGUACCAGCCUCAGUUGUGUCCCGGAUCAUGGGUCGGGGAGGCUGCAACAUCACAGCCAUCCAGGACGUGACUGGCGCUCACAUAGAUGUGGACAAACAGAAGGACAAAAACGGAGAGAGAAUGAUCACAAUCAGAGGAGGCACGGAGUCGACGCGGUAUGCAGUCCAGUUGAUCAACUCUCUGAUCCAGGACCCCGCCAAGGAGCUCGAGGAUUUGAUCCCCCGGAAUCACAUCAGAGCUCCGGGCUCCAAGGCGGCCUCGGCCUCUUUCCCCAAUACCACGGGGACCACCAGUGGCUCAGCUACAGGCCCAAAGCCUCUCAGCUCAUUGGUCGCCUCUUCAGGGGUCUCGUUCCAACCCACGUCAUCCACAUCUUCGCCCUCCUCUCAGCCCGGGGGGAAAAUCGGGAAGGGGCUUCCCUCGAAUGUCCGGCAGCCAUUCCCGGUGUCUCUGCCCCUGGCGUACGCUCACCCUCAACUGGCCUUACUGGCUGCUCAGACCAUGCACCAGAUCAGACACCCUCGUCUGCCCAUGGCGCAGUUCGGGGGCACCUUCUCUCCAGCGGCCAGCACCUGGGGACCCUUCCCCGUGCGUCCUGUGAGUCCUGGUAGCGCUAACGGCUCACCGAAACACAACGGAGGAGCCAACAACACUCAAGCUAAGCCUAGCUCCACCCACGGCGAGCACAACAGCACCGCCAGCUCAGGAACUGCUGUCACGACAACCAACACCAUGACCACCAGCGUGCCCAACACGUCCGCAUCCUCACCCCACACCCCGAAUCCGGCUCCUUACAACCUCCAACCGAGCAUCCCUACCCCGUCAUCAGUCAGGAAGCAGCUGUUUGCUCCCGACCCUAAACCGGCAGGUGUUACGCCUGUGUCUAACUCAGCUGCCACUAGCGUCAGCAAUGCCGUAAGAGGAACAGGUUCUACUGCACAUCCCACGUCCACUACAACAACAGCAAACGCUCCCCAGCAGCAGGUGGGACCCAUCUCCCAGCCUCCGAUCCAGCCAACUAAAACGGAGCCCGCUCCUGUCGCCCCAGCCGGAAAGGACAAGCCGUCUGCACCCGAGUGUCAGCCUGCGUCCGUCAGCGAGAGCUUCACUUCCCCUGCUCUAGCUUUAGGUACCAAGCCAGAACCUCGACCUCCUGCUUCCUCUGGACCAUCUACAGAGGCUCAUCCCCCGCUCCACAACUCGCAGCCCGGCUCCGGCCUUCCCCCAGGAACAUCUCCGGCUCACUCACACAAUGUUGCACAUCCAAACAACACCGUUCCCCACUUCUCAUCUUCCGCUCCCAGAGUCUCCCAUCGUAUGCAGCCACCGGGGCCUUACUACCAUCCUGAGCAGCAGCAGCAGUCUGUGUUUGUACCCUUCAGCGCUCAGCAGGAACUACCAAAACAAUCCCAAAGCCAGACGUCCCAGCCUACAAACCUUCCCCCUCAACCCCAAACCCAAGGCCAAGCGCCGAGCUCCCUUCAGGUCUCUGCUAAUUUGGGGAUGAUAAACGGAUCCCAGCACAUCGCCAGCGCAGGCAAGCCACAGCAGAUAUCUGCCAACUUCGGUCCUGCAGGUCUCUUCAAUUUCAGCACCAUCUUCGAUAACAACAACCAGCAGGUGGGAAACAACCAGGUGUGGGGUGCAUGCCACCUGCCUGCCCGGUCACCUCCAGAGCAGUCGUAUUCAGCCCCGCCAGCCUACAUGAACAUCAGUCAGAUGGAGAAUAUGAUGCCCCCGCCGCCUCCAGAGAGCUCCAAAGCCCCUGGCUACCGGUCAGCCUCUCAGAGGAUGGUCAACAGCCCAAUUGCAUUGACCAGCUAUGCCACCAGUAUCUCUGGCAGCCCGGUGUAUCUGCAUGGUCACACAGGGGUUGGCACGCCCUCGUUCAGCCGACAGCACUUUUCCCCUCACCCAUGGAGUGCAUCUACAUCAGGUGAAUCCCCGGUCCCACCUCCUCCCACAGUGUCCUCGUCUGCCCUGUCCACCUCAGCCGUGGCUUCUCCUCCCCAGCCUAAACCAGGCAGUUCCUCGCAGCAGGACAGGAAGGUCCCCCCUCCCAUCGGCACGGAGCGGCUGGCCAGGAUCCGGCAGACGGGUUCCGUCAACCCACCUCUACUCACCACCAGCUACACGGCUUCUGUUGGACAGGGUGGCAUUUGGUCGUUUGGAGUUGGGAACGCCUCGGAAGCCAUGUCUGGUUGGUCCCAGCCUCUGAUGGGCAGCCACAUGAUGCACCCUCAGCUGCAGGCAGAGCAGUCGGCCUUCUCCCAGCACCAGCCCAUGGAGCAGGAUGACACGGGCAUUGCUAACCCGGCUAACAGUUACCACCAGCCUCAGCAUUUGCCCAACAGUUACAUGGACUUCCAAAAGGGGAUGCCUGUGUCAAUGUACGGAGGAACCAUGCUGACCCCCCACCCUCCCAUGGCAGAAGGCCCGGGGGGUCCAAUGUACAAUGGUUUGCACGCAGGUGACCCCGCAUGGAAUCCCAUCAUAAAAGUGGUCCCCAACAAUGCAGACAGCUCUGACCCACAGCAGCAGGUUUGGCCUGGUACCUGGGCCCCUCAUGUGGGCAAUGUGCACCUGAACCACGUCAACUAGGCGGCAUCCACAUAAACGCACACAGCAUGACCCACAGUGCAAAACAUGUGAUACCAUUAGACGGAAUGAGACGAAGAAAAAACAAAAAGUCCCAACAUGGUUAACUUUAGAGGCCUGAAGGUGCGGAGCAGGGGUUGAAGAAUUUGGAAGAUCUCUCGACGCCAUUCUUUGAUGUGCCUAUCUCAAACAUGGAAGAGAGGAAAUCGGGCGACGGCAGUCAUCAUUGUCGUGAUGACGCAAACACAAACAUGCGCGUUCACCUGUUCAACAGGAUCUAUUCUCUGCGUAGUUUAGUGAUUUUGACUUAAACCCCACAUACACCGUUCUUGGGCUGCAGGGGGCUCAACAUGAAGUAGCUAUUUAAACUUGGCCCAGAACUAGAUGAUGAUGAUGAUGAUUACCUAAAGAGAAAUCAGAACCUUUUAGAGUGGUAAAUACAUGUAUAAUUGUUUACAUACUAAAAAGGGUUAAAAUGAGAGUAAAUUUCAUGUCGUAUAGUGGCUCUACUUUAUGUAGCCUGUAUUAAUGUGAAAUAUUUACCUUAAUAUUCAAUAAAAAGAUUGAAAAGUA